CUCCCCCCUCCUCCACCACAGUCACUGCCCCCACGAGCCUCGUGCUGGACUCCGCUCCCUCGCACAGCACCGCACGCGAUGCCCGCUGGCUGCUCGGCGCAAUUCCCCACCCGCUGAUCCCCGCGCGCCCAGCCCAUGGCCUCCUCCCUCCCCGCGCCGCCGGCCCCGCCCCCCGCCUCUUGGCGCGGCGGCCUCCCGCCCCGCCGCCCGCCGCCGCGCUGCGGCCCACUCCUCGUCCGCGCGGCGGCGGCGCGCUCCUGGCGCUACCGGUUCCGGACCGACGACGACGGCGUGGUGGACGUCGCGGUCGCCGGGAAGGACGGCGGCGCGGGGUACGCGGUCGCUGUCGAGGUCCCGGGCCGCGGGCGGGAGGGCGGGCUGGUGCUCCGCGCCGCGGGCUCCGGCGAGGGCGUCCCGCUGGCGCCGGCGCCCGCGCCGGGAGGCGCGCUCGCGGCCGAGCUGUCCUACGACGGGGCCCGCGCACCGUUCCACGUCUCGUUCCUGCUGGCCGACGCGGCGGGGGCGGAGGUGCGGACGCACCGCGGGACGAGCUUCCGCGUGCCCGUCGGCGUCGGCCGGGGCCGCCCCGCGCCGCUCGGCCUGUCCCUGUCCGAGGACGGGGCCGCCAACUUCGCCGUGUACAGCAAGAGCGCCAAGGGCGUCGUGCUCUGCCUGUUCCACGGCCGGGGUGCCGGUGGCGACGAGCCUGCGCUGGAGGUCGAGCUCGACCCGUACGUCCACCGGACGGGCGAUGUCUGGCACGUCUCGCUCGAGAGUGUGGAGGGAUACGCCAGCUACGGCUUCCGCACCGGGCUGUUCGCCUUGUUCGGCAUUGACCGCCCGCUGCUCGACCCGUACGCAAAGGUAAUAGAGAACUUCGUCCCUGACGACACUGUUAAUGUCGACGGGCUCUCCGUGCCAUCCAUAAGGUGCCUCGCGUCUUUGGAGAAUGCACCCGGCUACAAUUGGGGCAGGGACAAGCACCCAUGCUUGCCGUUGGAGAAGCUGGUGGUGUACCGGGCAAAUGUGGCCUUGUUCACCAAGGACAAGUCGAGCGGGUUGCCAGAAAAUGUCGCCGGUACUUUCUCUGGGUUGGCUGCAAAGGUAGAACACUUCAGACAUCUUGGCAUCAAUGCGGUUUUGCUGGAGCCAGUGUUCCCAUUCCACCAGGUCAAGGGACCUUACUUUCCGUACCAUUUCUUUUCACCGAUGAGCUUGUAUAGCAGUGAACGUUCCAGUGCCUCAGCUAUUAAGUCUAUGAAGGAUAUGAUCAAGACAUUGCACAGAAAUGGAAUAGAGGUUCUCUUGGAGGUUGUUUUCACGCAUACUGCUGAAGGAGGAGCAGAGUGUCAGAUGAUAUCGAUCCGUGGCAUUGAUGGUUCCUCAUACUACAUUGCUGAUGGAAUUGUUGGAUGCAAGGCAAGCGUAUUGAAUUGUAAUCAUCCUGUGACCCAGAAGCUGAUUUUGGACAGCCUCCGCCAUUGGGUGCUUGAUUUCCAUGUCGAUGGGUUUAGCUUCAUCAAUGCCCCUUUCCUUGUAAGAGAUCCAGGUGGUGACGGCCUGCCGCGGCCUCCCCUUCUUGAAGCCAUAGCAUUUGACCCUGUGCUUUCAAAGACUAAGAUCAUUGCAGAUCCAUGGUCUCCACUUGACAUAUCUAAUGUGCAAUUUCCAUUCCCACAUUGGAAAAGAUGGGCUGAGAUUAACACAAGAUUCUCUAUGGAUGUGCGCAAGUUUCUUAAGGGAGAAGCACUUAUUAGCGAUCUUGCUACACGUUUGUGUGGCAGUGGGGACCUAUUCUCCUCAAGAGGCCCAGCAUUUUCGUUCAAUUAUGUAUCCAGGAAUUCUGGACUUACGCUUGUUGAUCUGGUGAGCUUCAGCAGUGAUGAGCUUGGUUCUGAGUUCAGCUGGAAUUGUGGUGAAGAAGGACCAUCAGAGAACAAUGCAGUCCUUCAAACGAGGCUAAGGCAGAUACGCAGUUUCUUGUUUAUUUUAUUUGUUUCCCUUGGUAUUCCUGUUCUGAACAUGGGAGAUGAAUGCGGACACUCUGCUGCUGGUUCAACAUCAUACAAGGAUAGAGGGCCUCUGAACUGGAAAGCCAUGAAAACCAUGUUUGUUAAGGAAGUUACCGGGUUUAUUUCAUUUCUAUCUGCACUAAGGAGCCGACGAGCAGACAUUUUUCAGAGAAGAGAAUUUCUAAAACUUGAAAAUAUACAUUGGUAUGGUAGCAACCUAUCUGAGCCACGAUGGGAGGAUCCUACUAGCAACUUUCUUUGCAUGCACAUAAAUCCAGAGCUGGACGAAAAUGUGCCAGAUUCAGUUAGAGGUGAUUUGUAUAUCUGUUUCAAUGCAAAUGAGGAAUCAGUGAGUGCUACUUUACCAGCUCUUGCAGAAGGAUCUAUGUGGCUGCGCUUGGUUGAUACAUCACUUGCAUUUCCUGGUUUCUUUUCAAGCGAGUCUAGUCCUAAAGUACACCAAGUCCUAGGAUUUUCCUCUUAUCAAGUAAAAGCACAUAGUUGUGUUUUGUUUGAAUCGAAGAGGGUACUUUCCUAGUUUCUGAUGUCAAACAUGAAGCCGAGUGGCUUCAGUAAUAAAGAGAAACUUUGUGGAUACAACUUUGAGAGGCCCUCGGCUCCAAUAAGUUGCAAUUCGCAACCUUAAUGUAAAUGAGAAUGUUUGCAAUAAUAAAUCCCUCACUUUCUCAACUUACAGAGGCCUUGGUUUCAACCUCCUUGUAUACGAGAAAUUUUAUGGUGAAUCCAUGAUUUUCGCAGA